CUUGCCACCACCUCUUCCCACAUGAGCUCGCAGCAAGGCAACAACUACGGCAACGGUGGCUACGGCGGUAAUCCCGGGCAGUCGUUCAUGCCCCAGCAGCGGCAGGAGAUGUCGUACUUGUGUGCAGACUGCGGCGCGUCGAACGAGAUUCGGCCUCGCGAGCCCAUCCGUUGCAGGCAGUGCGGUCAUCGUAUCAUGUACAAGAAGAGAACAACAAGGAUGGUUCAGUUCGAAGCGCGAUGACAUGACACGCCGCCGCACUGCAUCUCCCUGCUUGUUGUUCUCGUCCUCCUCGGGCUUGGUGGUCUUCCGGAUACACUUUUCUCGCUCCCAUACACGUCAUCAUCAGCAUCCCGUGUCGGUGUUGUUUGCUAUCGCAUUGGCACCCCUCGCUCCGGCAUGCCGAAUACAACGGGUGCUACUCCGCGCGUCCGUCGCGCAAUGUUAACACCCCGACUCUUCACAUGUAUACUAUCACGGCAAUGACAUCCAUCUAGUUCCGUCGCUUCCCC